GUAACAUCGUACAUUUCUUCAAAGUAAAUUGCAACAUUCACAAUGGCAUUCCAAGGGAAAAUUUUAUUCAUCGUAGCUCUUGCGUUUUUGGUCAUCCUGAAGGUUCGCUGCGAUGACUCGGAACACACUUCUUCUGGUCACAUGUUUCUCACAAGAGGCGUCAAUGAUGUAGAUGAAGCUCCUGAUCAAAUGGACGACUCAGACGACGAAGGAGAUAUCAGCCCUCCAUCAAGUGAUACUCCAAUGCCUACUCAUCGCGUUCAAGAAACCAUUUACGAAGACCUCCAUUCCCCCGAAGCGAUGCAACUUUUGACCGAAGAAUAUGUCGGACUCGUUGAAACCGAAAUCGCUGCAGAAACCGUUAAAGAAAUAAUGGACCGGGUAAAAAAAAUUUUAACAGAUCAGAGAGCGAUACCAAACUUCAAACAAAUCAGAGGAGAGAUUUACAAAUACAUGACCAAUAAGAAAACCCCUCCGAUGAUUGAAGGAUUUCUCAAAAAUCGUUACAAUUAUUAUGUGAACAAGAAGACGCCUGCUUUAAUUAAGCAGAAAUUCAAUAACGUUAAAACGAUCGUUGAUAAUGAAAAUGUUCCCAAGCAUAUUGAAUUCUUCAAAAAGGAGAUGUACAAUUUUCUCAACCAACCUGGAGAUGUGCGGAAGAGAAUCGCCAAUGGGUUCACUAUUCUCUACACCGUAUUAAAUUUACCUCAUAUUCCAUUCCUCUUGGGCUCUUGAGUAAGUAGAAGUGUUACAGAAUGUAGAAUUAGUUUUAAAAUCAAUCAACCAUUCAAAAUCUACAAUUAUUGUACGAUUGUUCUAACUAAAUGAAUAAUACAUAUAAAUCAAUUUUACCGAUUGAA